CCGAGCGCCGGGCGGCGGCAGCAGCAGCAGCGCCUAAGCCCGGGCGGCCGCGGGUCCGGCUGGGCUGGAGGCCCGCCUCGUCCGCCGCCGCUGGCCCCACCGCCUCCGCCUCCUCCGACUGCCCUGCCGCCGUCCGUGCCCGCUCCUCUCCUCCGCCCGGCCGCGCCGUCCAGGAUGAGCCCGCGCUACUUCCUGCGCUCGCUGCUGCUGCUGAUCCUCGCCGCCUUCUCGGCCAACGCCAGCAACUGGCUAUAUUUGGCAAAGCUGUCUUCGGUGGGAAGCAUUUCGGAGGAGGAGACCUGUGAGAAGCUGAAGGGUCUGAUCCAACGCCAAGUCCAGAUGUGCAAAAGGAAUUUAGAAGUCAUGGACUCGGUGCGCCGGGGGGCACAGCUAGCCAUCGAGGAGUGCCAGUUCCAGUUCCGCAACCGCCGCUGGAACUGCUCCACCCUAGACAGCCUCCCAGUCUUUGGCAAGGUGGUCACACAAGGGACCCGGGAGGCUGCCUUUGUGUAUGCAAUUUCCUCUGCUGGCGUCGCCUUCGCCGUGACAAGGGCCUGCAGCAGCGGAGAACUUGACAAAUGUGGGUGCGAUCGCACUGUGCAUGGGGUCAGCCCUCAGGGCUUCCAGUGGUCUGGCUGUUCCGACAACAUUGCCUACGGGGUGGCCUUUUCUCAGUCUUUCAUCGAUGUGAGGGAGAGGAGCAAAGGGGGCUCCUCUAGCCGGGCACUCAUGAACCUUCACAACAACGAAGCUGGAAGGAAGGCCAUCCUGAACAACAUGCGGGUGGAGUGCAAAUGCCACGGCGUGUCGGGCUCGUGCGAGGUGAAGACCUGCUGGAAGGCCAUACCUCCGUUCCGCAAGGUGGGCAACGUCCUGAAGGAGAAGUUUGACGGGGCCACAGAGGUUGAGCAGAGAAAGAUCGGCUCCACCAAAGUGCUGGUUCCCAAGAAUUCCCAGUUCAAGCCCCACACAGACGAGGACCUGGUCUACCUGGACUCCAGCCCCGACUUCUGCGAGCACGACUUGAGGAACGGGGUCCUGGGCACCAGCGGACGGCACUGCAACAAGACCUCCAAGGCCAUCGACGGCUGCGAGCUGAUGUGCUGCGGCCGCGGCUUCCACACGGACGAGGUGGAGGUGGUGGAGCGGUGCAGCUGCAAGUUCCACUGGUGCUGCUUUGUCAAGUGUAAACAGUGCCACCGUGUUGCGGAGAUGCAUACGUGCCGGUGACAUGGGCAGAGGAGCCUCCGUUCCUGGCUGACGGAGGUGGACCCAGAGACCGCCUUGGGAGAGGGCCUUGGGUCACCCCGCUUGGGAGACGCUUCAAAGGGAAACAGAUUUUUUUAAAAAAGGAAAAAUAUUUAAAAGUUCCAAUAGUGAUUGUAUUUUUUUUUAAAUGUCAUCGUUGCCAUCUUUGGCCUGCUGUAUUUAUUGCCCUAACCAGAAACCCUUCCUCCCAGCUCGGGGUCCCUUCUGCUCCAUGGUGCCGUGGGGAAAGGCUGCUCCCCCCCGAGGCCCUUGUGUCUCCACCCACAGACCCGAAAUGGAUGGGGAAGGUCAUGCCCGGCAACAAACGCUGUUUCCAACAAUGCAUGUUUGAAACUAGUCCUGAAUCUGUGGGUUUUUCUUUUGAAAAAAAUGCAGAGUGUUUUGCAUUAUGGAGAUUUUCUGGAUGCAACUAGUUGUCUAUCAUGAGGGCAUUGUGGUGGAGUGGAGGGAUCUGAGGCAGAUCAAGGAAUGGGCAACUGCCCUCCUCCAUUCCUGUAUCUCCAGCAUAAUAAACGUGGGGUGGGAUCGGCCAAGAACGCUUCCAGUAUAUCAAAAUGAGCUCUUGCAUCGCUUGGUUCACUUCUAUGGGGCUUAUGCAGCAUAUCCCGGUGGAUUGUGGCCCGUGAGCCUCCUCUCGCUCACUUUCUGCCCCGUGCCACUUUUAAGAGCAAAGUGAUUUCCCCCGAGUGAGACAAGCCCUCAUAGGCAAGCUUCCUUGACCUUCCUGGUUGCCCUGAAGAUAUUUCUGAUGUCAGCUGGGGCUUAACUUGAGCCAGGCCUCUAGAUGUAGAUCCUAAGGAAACCUGUUUCAGCCUGAGGGCCAAAUUCCCCUCAUGGACAACCUGCAAGGGGCCACGUGCCAGUGGUGGGUGUGGCAAAAAAAAAAGUAAGCAUGAUCAGACACCCCCCCCCCCCGUCCUCCAUCCAGUUGAGACAGAGGUAUUAUCACAGUUCAAGGAUGCAUUCUAGCCAGGUAAAAUCACUUGAAGAAGGCGCAGAGCAGGGCCUGGGAGGUUUGUGGCCUGGGAGGAUGAGGCUUGGGCACAAUCCCAAGGGCCAGGUAGGGAGGCCUGCAUUUUGUCCCUGGCCCUGAGGUCCCCCCACCCCUUCCCCUAGACCUCUGGUCAGUGGUGGCUGAUGGUGCCAUGUCAGUGGGGCAGUGGAAUCCACUCCAGGUUUUAGUCCAGACUUUCAAGGUCCUGAAAGAGAUCUCCAUUCCCAAGGUUCGCAGUAUCCGUGGCCAGCUUUGAGCCGCCUUAUACCAGUUCUGAACAUUGGUCCAUCUAGCUCAGUAUAGUCUGCGCUGCCUGCUGAUUUCUCAAGGCUGUUUGGAGGCGUGGUGUGCCAGAACAUCCUAUGGCAGGAGUGGGGAGCCUUUGGCCCGCCAGAUGUUGCUGAACUACAACUCCCAUCCACCCUAGCAAGCACGGUCUAUGGCCAGGGAUGAUGGGAGUUGUAGUUCAGCUAUAGCUGGAGGGCCAAAGGUCCCUUUCAACUCUCCUGUGGCAUUUAGUACUCCAGUAGAUUCUGGGUACAAUGCAAGCAAGACCUAGGAAGCUAAACCAGCACCAACUGAACAGCUAGCUCGGUUGUCAAAACCCGAGUGCUGCAACGGCCCUGAAACAUUAUUCCUUAUGCCAGUGAUUGCCAAAUAUUUUUUUUUCCCUAUGAAAAUUACUGAAGGUCUUAGCAGACCACUCAGUUAUUUUUCUGCAUGUUGCAGCGAUUGUAAUCUGCUACGCUAAAUGCUGUAUCAUUUUUUCCACUGUAUUUCAUUGCUGCUUUUAUUUCCUAUAUUGUGCUUUAUUGUAUUACAAUUCACAUUCCAUUGUAACACAAUAAACUGCAGCGCAAGAAAUAAAAGAACAAUUACAAAUCGAUAUAUUUAAUGUAGACAUGCCACGGACCACCUCGAUGAAGCUCUUGGGCAGCUGGUGCUCCAUGGGCCACUGUUUUGGGGAACCCCUGGCUUAGGCUGAAAAACAGAGAAGCAGAGAAACAGGUGCUCUGCCACUGAGCUACGGCCCUCCCCUUAAGAUACAGGAACACAAGAAGUGGCCUUAAACCAAGUCAGACCACUGGUCCAUCUAGCUCAGUAUUGUCUGCACUGACUGGCAGCAGCUCUCCAGGAUUUCAGACGGGAUAUUCCCAGCCCCAGCUGGAGAUGCCAUGGAUUGAACCUGGGACCACCUGCGUUCAAAACUGAUGCUGUAACCACUGCGCCACAGCCCUUCACUAUACCACACCAGAGCAUUCGUCCAUCUCGUUCAGUACUCCCUGCACAGACUGGCAGCAGCUCCCCAGGGUUCCAGGCAGGGGUCUCUCCCAGCCCUAUCCCUUCCCUUAACAGAGGAAGCUGACUUAUACUGAGUCAGGCCAUUUCCUCUCAAGCUCAGUAUCACCUACGCUGACUGGCAGUAACUCUCAAGGGUUUCAACCGGGAAUCUCUCCCAGUCCUAUCUGAAGAUGCCGGGGACCGAACCUUGGCCCUUCUGCAUGCGAAGCAGAUGUUCUAUCACUGAGCUACGGCCCUUCCCUAAAUUUGCUCUUUAGAUGGUUGCAAAAAUGAAGUUGCACUUCCGGCUAGCGGCUGUAGCAGUCUAGAGACCUGUUAAGUAGGGUCCCCCCCCCUUCUUUUUAAAGUCAUGUAUACCACAGGCCACUGUGUUAUCUUUCUCAGUGAGUGCCACACGGUCUGCUAUGUUUUUCAGCAGAUGAAGAAAGAGGAAAGAAAAGCUCUUCAGCUCAGGCGCUCUCUCAAGGUUGCAGGGAGCCUCUUCCCCUUAUUAUUGAGCGAGCGGGCUGACUCAGGAUGACGCUGCGGAGCUGAAAAGGGCGAGUGUCAAUGCUGUUUCAUGUCAAGAAAAACAAACCCAUGAGCUAAUUUAGCUUGGAACUCUUAAAAAAAAAGAAGUCAACAUAAACAAAAGAAAAAGCAAUCCAAGAUCAGGCUGACAUUUGCAAGGGUCACUCUUCAAGCGAUGUGCCCAGCAGCUCUAAUCUUACGUGCUGAUCUUGGCUGCCUCCUUGGCCGUUGUCCUGAGAAGUGUCCUGUUGGCAGCUGCAUCUGUCGGACUAAUCCCAAAAAGCGGGAGAAAGUGCCUCAAGAAGGCUUAACUUGAGUUAGCUCUCUCUCGUACCUGGCCUGGCACUGAGGUUUGUGAGCAGGAUGCUGGAGCAGAAAACAGAAGUGGGGGACUGACAAGAAACGUCACUCCAAGUGUCACGCCGAGCGGUCAAGGAAAAGGGGUGGUGUCCCGAUGAAAAUCAGCCUUUCUCCAAUCUGGUGCCCUCCAGAUUAGUUCUGGACUGCAACUCCCAUCACCCCUGACCGCUUGGCCAGGCUGACUGGGGCCGAUAGGAGCUGGAGUCCAACGACAUCUGAAGGACACCAUGCUUUGGAACGGCUGGCCUAGGCUGAGCGGCAGUGGCUCUCCGUGGUUUCAAGAAGUCUUCCCUGCCUACCAGGGAUUGGAGCUGGGACCUUACGUACGCCAAGCACGUACUCUGCAGGAUGGUAGUAGUGGCCACCAACUUGGAUGGCUUUAAAAGAGGAUUAGACACAUUCAUGCCAUGGAGGUGUAAGGCUGUGAUGGCUGUGUACUGCCCCCAAUCUCAGGAGAAGUCUACCUCUGAAUACCAGCCGCUGGGAAUCGCAAGUGGGAGUGCUGUCGCACUCGGGGCCCUGCCUUGCGGAGUUCUCGUUGGAGCUUCUGGUUGGCCACAGUGAGAACAGGAUGUUGGACUAGAUGGCUUUCGGCCUGAUUCGGCAGGGCUUUUCUAUUUUCCACCACUGCUAGGGGGAAUGAGGGGGCAGAAACACAGUGGUGUCCCCGGCUGGAAGGGCAUCACGGUUAAGGACGUGUGUCCCUCCUCAUCGGAACAUCUAGCCACGCAUUUGGGAUUGGCACUUUAGGAACUGGGGAUGCUCAGGAUGAACGUGAGCCAGACAGGGCAGAUAUGACGGCCUCUGUGGUUCACCCUGUGAUCCGUCUGCCAGGAGCUGCAGGCCGGGUUUUCCAACGGGCAAUGCUGACUCAAGCGCACGGAGAGAGGCCUCCGCUUUUAAAAAGGCAAGAGAGAAAGACGCAGAGAUGCUUCUCGGCCCCUUCUUUGCAAACCCACAGCAAGAGCUAGAGCCGGCUGUCCUCUUGAGACAGGAAUCUACAGGGAAGGGUGCAAAUGGGGCAGCAUGUGGGGUCUUCCUUCUCCCUCCUGGCAGAGAAUGCAAAGGGGCCCAUUCCGGGCAAUCGGCUCAGCUCCCGCAACGGAGUUUUUGCUGCCGUGUCGUUCGGCGGCCAAGAUGUUCCAGGUGGACCUCAUCUGGAGCUUGUUCCAGUGACCACAGCACUCCCCCGCCCCAUCACUGCCACAGCAGAGACAGCCUUGAAUGCGUGUCUGCAUCCUACCCCCCCUUCCUAACCUUUCCCCUUUCGCUCUGUUGGGAGGAAGACAAACGUGAGGCCCAUGGAGCAGAAAAAUGCGCUCUGCUCACCCACCAGGCCUGCAAGCCGUUGGAGAGAAAGCAGGAGAAGCGUGUGUGGUGGUGCUUUUCGUGGGCCUUUGGGUGGCUGCCUUCAUAAGUAAGGGAUGGAAAAGCCCUCUAUACAAAUGUGCACAGGACUUCCAAUGAACCGCACUGGCAGGUAGGAGACAACAGGUUGUAUCCAAUCCUAGUCCCCCUCAGGGUAGACCCAUUGAUGUGAAUGAGCAAGACUAAGGCCACAUGCAUACCAUACAUUUAUUCCACUUCAAGCAGUCUUGACUUCCCCCAAAGAAUCUUGGGAAGUGGAGUUUGUGAACCGUAUUCUCCUCCCAGAGCUACAAUUGCCAGAGCGGUUUAAACAGUCGGUCCCUCAUCCCGGAGAACUCUGGGAAUUGUCACUCCGUGAGGGGAAUAUGGCAUCUCCUAUCAACCCUCAGAAGCCUUCACAAACUACACUUCCUGGGAUUCUUUGGGGGAAGCUGUGACUGUUUAAAUAGUGCUUUAAAUGUUCAUGCGGAUGUUGUCUAAGUUAGGUCCACUCAUUUCAGUGUGUCUACUUCAAGUACAACUUAAUUGGAUACAACCUUUACCGUGCAAUCCUGUACAUGCCUUCUCAGAAAUGAGGCCCAUUGACUUCAAUGGGAUCUACUUCUAUAAUGAGUGUGUGUAUAAGAGGGCCUCUUUAUUUGCCCUUUGUCACAGGCUGCCAUCAGGUGGCUUGCAGAGAUUUAGGAUUUGUAUCCAGUAAUAGUCCUGCUCAGAGUAGAGCCAUUUAAGCUAUUGGACAUGACUGAUGAACGUUCAUUAAUUUUAAUGGUGGAUCUUCUCUGCGUGUAACAUAGAUGGAUCAAACCCUUAGAUCGGAGAUGGGGAACCUGUGGCCCUUCGGAUACUGCCUGGCUGCAAUUCCCAUCAUCCCUGACUUUUGGUCGUGCCAGCUGGGGCUGAUGUGAAUUGAAGUCCAAAAACAUCUGGAAAACCCACAGCUUCUCCACCCCUGAUUUAGAUGUUCUGCUUCCACACAGAGGCACUUUUGAGGUGGAUGCUGAUUUGUUCAUCUGCACAAGAAUCUUUAAUCUGGGGAGAUUUUCCAGUUGUAACCCUGAUCCUCCCUCCUUCCCUACUUGUGAUUCCCAGCAGCUAAGCAUAUCAGAUUGCAGCCAAUGCUAGCCCCCUUCAGAGCAGACCCACUGAAGCUAAUGAACGUGGCUGACUUAGGUUCAUGCAUUUCAAUGGAUCUGCUCUGAGUAAGAUUUAGUUGGAUUUAGUUGCUGCCCUGGGCUUCUACUGGCAGGAAGGGCGGGAUAUAAAUCAAAUAAAAAAUAAAUAAAUUAUAAACCCAUUGCCUACAAUAGUGGAGGUAAUAGAGGCAAUCCCACUGGGCCUAUCAUUCCCUAGGGAACGUCUUCAGCUCUAUGGACCAGAUCCUUAUCAGGAAUGGGCAUGCAGGACUGGCCGCCUGUCAACCAUCUGACAUCAUAAUGAUGCCAGGUGAUUUGCUGCUUCGAAGUCCCAAAGUUGGGAAAAGCCCUUCACAAGAGACAAGGCACUGCUUAAACAGAGUGUGUGUGUGGGGGGGAGUUUUAAGUUUUAUCAGGGGUUUCAACACAACCCCCCUUUGUGACUAGGCACUAGGCCCAUGGCGUUUCACCCGCUAAGGGGAAAACAACAUGAAAUUGCUGUGAACAUGUACUUUUUGGUCUCUCUCUCUGAAUCAUUUUGGCUGUCACAGCAUUCUGUUCUCUGUUGGCAGCUCAGGAGUGAGAAGGCCAGGCUGACCACUUCCCUCGUACGUUUCCCCUGUGGCACAACAUUUUCACUUGGAAGCUGGACUGGUGCAAGAUUUUGGAUGCUGCUAUUCCAAACCACAUGGUACUUUGACUCUUGUUUUUGAACCUUGGUCGCCUUUCUUUUACACUGUAUGAUUGGCCGCAAUGUUUCCAUCAUGUAGUCUGACUCACAUUUUUAGCGGUUGUUUCCUAUUAAAAAAAAAAAAGAAGAGAGAUUUUUCUGUAAU